AUGGUCAACAUGGCUUCAGAAGGAACAAUUGAUGAAAGAGUUAUUUCAAAGGGAAAGAAGCUCAACACAUACUCAAUGGCUCAGAACAUUGAUUUAGCCCUUAACUCUGCCAAGUCUAUCGGUAUUUCUACCAUUAAUAUCGGUAAUACAGAUAUUCGUGAUGGAACAGUUCAUCUUGUACUUGGUUUAACAUGGCAACUCGUUAGAAUGUCCCUUCUUAAGACAGUUAACCUAACAAAUCACCCAGAAUUGUUCAGAUUAUUGAAGCCAGGAGAAACAUUAGCAGAUUUACUUAAGCUUUCUCCAGAACAAAUUCUUUUAAGAUGGUUAAAUUACCAUCUCGAACAUGCUGGCUCAAAGAGAACAGCUACAAACUUUACAACGGAUUUGGCCGAUUCUGAUAUUCUUACAACUGUUCUUCAUCAAGUUGCCAAGGAUGAAUGCACAAUGGCACCAAUGAAGGAGAGCGAUUUAAUGAAGCGCGCAGAACUCAUGCUCCAGGAAGCUGAUAAGAUUGAAUGCCGCAAGUUUGUUGGACCACGUGAAAUUGUUAACGGAAACCAACGUCUUAACUUGGCUUUCGUCGCUACAAUUUUCAACACAAGACCAGGUCUUGAAGCAUUAUCUGAGAAAGAACUUGCUGCUCUUGAUGAAGCUUUGUUUGCUGCAGCAGGUGAACGUAUCGAGCGUCAGUUCUGUCUUUGGAUGAACUCUUGCGGUGUUGAACCAUUUGUCAACGAAUUAUACUCUGGAAUUUCAGAUGGUUUAGUUUUACUCCAGAUGCUUGACAGAAUCGAGCCAGGUUGUGUUGACUGGAAGAAGGUCAACAAGACAAAGCUCAACAAAUUCAAAGCUGUCGAGAAUUGCAACUAUGUCAUUGAGAUUGGCAAGAAACUCCAGUUCUCUCUUGUUGGUAUUUCUGGUGCUGAUAUCAAUGAUGGUAACAAGAAGCUCUGCUUGGCUCUUCUUUGGCAGAUGAUGAGAUACGAUUAUCUCAAGACAUUCAAGAAGCUUGGCCAUGGUGCUUUGAUCAAAGAUGAACAGAUCAUUGAAUGGGCAAACGGCAUCACAGGAAGUGUUUGCACAAUCAAAUCAUUCAAGGAUGAACAGAUUAAGAAUUCCAAGCCAUUACUCCACUUGAUAGACAUUCUCAAGCCUGAUACUGUUGACUGGUCAAUCUUUGAAGAUUCUGAGGAUGAGAAAGUUCUCGCAAGAAACGCCAGAUACGUCCUUUCUAUGGUUCGUAAGUUCGGCGGCACAGUCUACGCUCUCCCAGAAGAUAUUGUUGAAUGCAACAAGAAGAUGGUCAUGACUGUUUAUGCUUCUUUGAUGAUUCUCCAAUAA